CCCUAUUCAGAAGAAAUGCUGUGGUGCUCUCCACUGACACAAAAUGAAACACAAAAAAACACACAGCUGAAGAUAUCACAGCCUCCUUGCAAAUGAGAGACAUUAAGAUCUGAGUGGUUUCCAGCAAAAGGAAAAUAACCAGCAACUUCACUAUACUGUGCACUGAAACAGAGCAAACAUGAACAUCACUAACUGUACCACAGAAGACAGUGUGGCCAUCAGGUCCAAGACUGUCACUGAGAAGAUGCUAAUUUCCAUGACCUUGGUAAUCAUCACCACCCUGACCAUGUUGCUGAACUUGGCUGUGAUCAUGGCCAUCUGCACCACCAAAAAGCUCCACCAGCCUGCCAACUACCUGAUCUGUUCUCUGGCUGUGACAGACCUCUUGGUUGCUGUGCUUGUCAUGCCCCUGAGCAUCAUGUAUAUUGUCAUGGAAAGUUGGAAGCUGGGGUACUUCAUCUGUGAGGUGUGGCUGAGUGUAGACAUGACCUGCUGUACCUGCUCCAUCCUCCAUCUCUGUGUGAUUGCCCUGGACAGGUACUGGGCCAUCACCAAUGCUAUUGAGUAUGCCAGGAAGAGGACUGCCAAGAGGGCUGGUCUGAUGGUCCUUACUGUCUGGACCAUCUCCAUCUUUAUCUCUAUGCCCCCUCUAUUCUGGAGAAGUCAUCGCCAACUCAGCCCACCUCCUAGUCAGUGCACCAUCCAGCAUGACCAUGUCAUCUACACCAUUUACUCCACAUUUGGCGCAUUUUAUAUCCCUUUAACCUUGAUACUCAUUCUCUACUACCGAAUAUACCAUGCGGCCAAAAGCCUCUACCAGAAAAGGGGAUCUAGUCGGCACUUGAGCAACAGAAGCACAGAUAGCCAAAAUUCCUUUGCAAGUUGUAAACUUACACAGACUUUCUGUGUGUCUGACUUCUCCACCUCAGACCCCACCAUGGAGUUCGAAAAGAUCCACAACUCCAUCAAGAUUCCUCCCUUCGACAAUGAUCUAGAUCACCCAGGAGAGCGUCAGCAAAUUUCCAGUACCAGAGAGCGCAAAGCAGCUCGCAUCCUGGGACUAAUUUUGGGUGCGUUCAUUUUGUCAUGGCUGCCGUUUUUCAUCAAAGAGUUGAUUGUGGGUCUUAGCAUCCAUACUGUGUCCUCAGAAGUGGAUGAUUUUCUAACGUGGCUUGGUUAUGUUAAUUCUCUGAUCAACCCUCUGCUCUAUACCAGUUUCAAUGAAGACUUUAAAUUGGCUUUUAAAAAGCUCAUCAGGUGCCGAGAACAUGCAUAAGUUAUAAAAAUAAAAAAAAAAGCAUGAAUUUUACCUGCCCAGUGAGUGGAUGGGAUUAAGGGGUGCCAUUUAUUCAUGAAUGUCAUCAGUUCAGAAGAGUUUUUAAGUACAUGCAGUCUUGAUUUGUGUUCAUUACAUUCUAUUUUGUUUUCAGCUUGUUAUGUAGUGUGCUGCUUUCUACCUCUGGUCUUACUUGUGGUAAAUAAAUGCAAAUAAAUAUUA